GUCGCAUUUUCCCUCUCACUCGCAGUCAGUCCGAGCUCUGGUGUGUUAUUUUUUGUGCGCAACGCUUAGCAGUAUCGGAGAGACGGACACGGCAGGAGGACGCGCGCAUCUCUCGUCGCACAGAGCACGUAUAUAAGUAUUAUUGUGGAGAAUCGCGAGUCGAGAAAGAGCCGAGAGAGCAGCGAGUUUUCUUUCCGGAGCGAAGAGGCGAGCCUCGCAACGAGUUAGUGCCAUAUGCGCUGGCUCGCAGCCGCGUAAUAUGUGGGUGAAGCCGGAAGAGGUUCUGCUGGCCAACGCUUUCUGGAUAACUGAAGAAGCCAGUGUUUACUUUGUCAGGCAGCGACGGAAAGGUCAUGGAAAAACUAGAGGUCUCACCUCGAUCAUUGUUGGAACUUUGGACAGUGUCUUUGACACGAAACCACCACCGUUCCGAAUCUUGCACCAGACACCCUCGUCUGAAGUUUAUUGGAUGGUCGCAUGUUCCUUGACACAUACAGAGAUAGUCAAGGAUUGGGAAUGGCUGCAUACAAAUCUGACAAGCACAUUGCAAUCCUUUGAUACAGAAGAAGAAAUAACAGACUUUGUUUGCUGUAAAAUUCAAUCCAUUAUUGCAAACAAUGCAUCUGACUGCAAAUUAGUUGAUGAUGAAGACUCGCAGUCAUUUAAGAGAGUUUCUUAUAAGUUCCAUCAACUUUUCAAUUUGCCCAAGGAAGACAAACUUGUAAAUUAUUAUUCUUGCAGUUACUGGAAAACUCACCUGCCAAGACAAGGAUGGUUAUAUUUAUCUGUAAACCAAAUGUGUUUUUAUGCUUAUAUCUUGUCUAAAGAAACGAAAUUAGUCAUCAGAUGGGCAGACAUUGUAGAACUAGAUAAAACAAAUUCUCUUCUAUUUCCUGACAGUAUUCGUAUUGUAACGCGCGAUGGAAAAGAGCAUUACUUUUCGAUGUUCCUUCACAAAUCAGAAACAUACUCGUUAAUGGAGCAAUUAACGAAUCUUGCUAUGAAACGACUUAUUGAUGAAAAAAGUGGUUUCAAUGAAGAUAGAGAUCUCCUUAAUAAGUUAAGUAAAAAUGUGCCUAAAAAACCGUCGUUUUUAAAAAGAGAUCUCGAUGCCCGUGCACAAUCGGAAGCUUAUAGACUUCAGUUUAGGUUACCAGGAAGCGAAAAAUUGGAUGGUUGUGUGGACGCGACUUUAUGGACUCCUUACGAUAAAAGACAUAAUUGGGGAAAAAUUUAUCUAUCUCAGAAUUAUUUGUGCUUCGAAAGUAGAGUGAAAAAUUUAGUAAGUCUGGUCAUACCAUUGAGAGAAGUCAGACUAAUUGAAUCGGCUGAAAAUCAGGCAUCGAAUACCGCUGUAGAUAAGUCAAUAUUAGUUACGACCGCGCGAGCUUCAUUUCUUUUUGCUCAAAUACACGAUAGAGAUUUUGUAUUGCAAAAAAUUUCAGAAUUGCUAGCUAAAACGAAAAUAGCUACGGUAAGUCUGGCAGACAGUAUCGUCGAUAAGUCGAACAAAGGAAGGGAAGCAAAACCAGUUGAGACUUGGACGUCACAACCACCUCUAAUGAAAUUAUUCAAGGCACCACUCAGCGCUGAAGCGGCAGUUAAACAAGAAGCAAAAGAAAAGCAAUGGGAAUUACACUUUUCCGAGUACGGUAGGGGAAUGACUAUCUACAGAACGGUGGAAACUGCUAAACUUGUCAUUACUGGCAUACCGCAAAAUCUAAGAGGCGAAGUUUGGUUAACAUUUUCGGGUGCACUGAAUGAAAUGGCAGUGAACCCUGGAUUGUACAAAUCUUUGGUUGAUCAAUCUCUUGGAAAGACGUGUCAAGCUAAUGAGGAAAUUGAAAGAGAUCUUCAUAGGUCUUUACCGGAACAUCCCGCUUUUCAGUCCGAUAUUGGAAUCAGUGCGCUCAGGCGCGUUCUUUCAGCGUAUGCAUAUAGGAAUCCUCAAAUCGGGUACUGCCAGGCAAUGAACAUAGUAGCAUCAGUGCUUUUAAUUUAUUGUUCCGAAGAAUCGGCUUUUUGGCAAUUGUGCAAUGUAUGCGAAUCCUUACUGCCAGAUUAUUACGACAGGCGAGUAGUCGGCGCAUUGGUUGAUCAGGGUCUUUUAGAGGAACUCGCCCAAGAGCAUUUACCAGCCCUGUACGUCAAACUGCAGGAGUUGGGUCUGAUCAGAGUCAUCUCACUCUCAUGGUUCUUGACGAUAUUUUUAAGUGUUAUGCCGACCAGCAGUGCUGUAAAUAUUAUGGAUUGCUUUUUCUACGAUGGAGCAAAGGUCAUAUUCCAGGUAGCUUUAACUGUGCUGGAGUGGAACCAGGAGAAGCUACUGAAGUGUCAUGAUGAUGGUGAAGCUAUGCAGCUUUUGACUGAUUAUCUCGGAGGAGUAUACAAUGAUGAAGGUCCAGUAUUACCUAGACCCGUUGAUAGCGCACCGCCGAACAAGAGCAUUUCUAUUCAGACAUUAAUAUAUGAAUCAUACGCAAGAUAUGGGUCUUUAACAAUAGGAGGAAUCGAAAGGCUGCGUUUAAAACAUCGACUUAGAGUAGUUCAGAGUUUAGAGGAAGGUAUUGAAAAAAACGUCAUAAGAAGUGUUGUGGCCGAGAAAUUGAUGACGGCAGAAGAAUUACAGGAAUUGUUGAGUUUAGUUAGAGGAGAGUUAAUGUGUCAACGAAAAUCAGAACCAGAUCGAUAUGAUCCGACGCAGCCACCUUACGAAGUGUACAAAAUCGAUUAUGAUCUCUUUAGAAUAUUGUUUGCCGGUUUGUCGCCUUGGGGAAAAUGUACUCAAGCUGAAUCUCUGUCUGCAAGACUAUUCCGAUUGAUGGAUCGUAAUCACGACAAUCUUUUGAACUUCAGAGAAGUAGUGCAAGCGAUUGCAAUGACCGCAACCGUCGAUUCAUCUCAGAGAUUAAAGCUACUUUACACACUCCAUUUACCGCCACUUCUGACGCCAGUGGACUUUGAAUCACCUACCCAAUCAGCAGCAGAAGCAACAGACUUCUUUGACAGCAUGGAGCAAAGCGUGGCUUCUCUAGAAGUACCAGUUAGUCUAGCCGAAGAACCCUGUAACACAUUGUCCAGAUCAACGAGUAUGAAUAGUCAACAAGGAGACCAAUCUUGGGAAGAACAGAGCAUGGGUAGUUUGCGGUCCAUGAUAGCGUCCAGAGACAGUCCAUUAGAUUUAAAAAAUGUGCCAAAAAUGUCCCAGCUUCAUUUUAUAGCUUUGUGGAAAACUUUGUACGAUAUGUUCCCGGCUCAACCCGAGGAUCAAGACACAUAUCAUUGUAUUGCCGAAAUCGGUACGUUGCUACUACAAUUAGGAGACGUCGGGAAAAAAUUCUAUGUUGAAAGAGAAGAAUCAGAGGACAGUUUAGCAGCAGCCUCAUCCGCUAAGCAUCCUACAGUAAUGUCUCCUGAUCGUAACGGAAAUCCAGCAACCCCAUCGCCUUCGGCCGCAGAUCCUAAUUGGUCAAUAACAGUGGAGCAGUUUUUAGCGUCAGCGUUGAAUGGUGAACCGAUUGUGAAUUUCUUCAGCAAACGCGCCAAUCUUCUAGACGCAAUAGCUUCGAUUAGAGAUCGCAGGUUUAAACGCGCACAUUCUCUCUCAGACCCGCCGGUAUUGCACGUGUGAUACUCAAAAUAGCAUAAUCAUUGAAACAUAUUAAUCGAGCGAUAGAAUGAGUGAAGAUUUUUGCAGUGAAAUCUUUGAGAAAUUUCGAGAAAUAAUGUUUAUCAAGAAUGUGAUUUUUAAUUUUUAUUUCCUUUUUAAUACUUGAGUCGGCAUGUGAUACGAUCGAAAAUUGGGGAAACGAAAUCAGAUCAUCGUUUUGAUUCUUUUUACUGCAUGCGGCCUAUAGGAUUUUAUUUUUAUCGUCGACUAUUGGUAAAUUCUGCAAUUUUGUAGAAUACUCACAAAAACAAGGAGAACGUUUUUCAAUCAAUAGGGAAACCUAUAAAUCGCUUCCAUUAGUCCAUUUUUCCAAAGUCGUCAUUUAGUAUCCGGUAAAAGAAAAAUAACGUUAAAAAAGUACAUUUUUGUACUGUUAAAUAUAAGCAUACGGCGUGCUUAUCAGUCGAGUAUAAAUAGUUAUAUAUUCAUAAGCUUUUAAAGUAUUGUACGAAAAAUCAAAUUGCACCUGGUUAAAAUUUAUCAUCUAUUAUACAAUAAAACUUGCAAGAUUAUUCGUAUGUGUAUACAUAGUGCUUAUAAAAAAAAUUGGGCGAUUCUUUUACAGAAAUUGGAA